GAAUGUACGCGCGCGCGGUGGAAGAACUCGUGUCCGGCGUUUUUCUGCGUUCAAGUACGAGAAUUUUGAAACGAUGAUGCAGUCAUAUCAAGGUGCAUCGAAAGUUCUGUACGUUGGUAACUUAGAUAGACGAUGUACAGAGGAAUUUUUAAAGCAAGUGUUUGGUAAAAUAGCCCCAGUGGAGAGAUGUAAAAUGAUAUAUGAUCACACUGGAAACGACCCAUACUGUUUUGUGGAAUUUGAAGACCACGAAUCUGCAAAGACCGCAUUGGAAACCAUGAAUGGACGACGUGUCUUUGAUCAGGAUAUCAAAGUGAAUUGGGCAACAAGCAACACCGGAAUGAGGAAGGACACAAGCAGUCACUUCCACAUCUUUGUUGGUGAUUUACCUGAUGAAAUGACGACGGAUCUCCUCAAGAACUCUUUUGAGAAAUUUGGAAAAAUCUCAGAUGCACGAGUCGUAGUUGAUGUUGGAACUGGUGCUUCAAAAGGAUACGGCUUUGUUUCCUUCUAUAGUAAAAUUAAUGCAGAAUCUGCAAUCAAAGAAAUGAAUGGUAAAACACUCAAUGGUAAACAGAUUAGAACCAACUGGGCAUCUCGUAAGCCUCAGCCACCCCAAGGUAGCGUAAAAAAGCCAGACCUGAAUGAAGUUAUAAACAAAACGAGUAUUUAUAAUAAAACUGUUUAUGUUGGGAACCUUCCUGACCAGAUCGCAGCGGAAAGACUGACGAGUGUAUUUAAAACUUAUGGAAAUAUCAUAAAUAUCCGAGUACUCGCUGACAAGGGAUACGCUUUUAUAACAUUUGAUGAUCACUAUCGUGCAGCUGAAGCCAUUUGUGGUAUGCAUGGAGAGAAUCUGGACGGAAACGUUUUAAAGUGUUCCUGGGGGAAAGAACAGGAUGGUCAAGGUGGAGGAAAUAUGCAGCAAUAUUAUCAACAGCAACAACAACAGCCAUUCUAUUAUGGAGGAUACUAUCAACAACAACAGCAACACCAACAGCAUUCACAACAACAAAUGGGAGGAGCGUACAUGCACAUGCAAGCACAGCCUGGUUACUACUACCCCAAUCCGUACGCAGGACAUAUGAUGCCAAUGGCACCAGGAUAUCCACAAGGAGGUCCACACAUGCAGAAUCAAGGUGGUCCAGGAAAUGGUCAGCAAGGUCCGAAUGGCGUACACAAUACGGGCCCGCAAGGAGGCGGUAUGGGAUAUUAAAUACAGCCUGCGGGUUUCAGGCUGGUGUUUGACACAAGGGAUUCCCAACGUUGGGAAACAUGAACAAAAAAAAAUGAUGCCAAAACUUGUGUUUGGUGGUCAAAAAGAAGCCGAGGGAAAUUCUCUGGUUGAACUAUUGAGCGUCGACAUGAACGUCUCUCAAUGUAAUGUGAGGAAUUGUAAAGCUAUAUAUGUUUGUCAGUCAGGAAACACUGUAAAAAGGAACACGUUAAAUCAUUGUCGUCUUUUUGUCUAGCUUAGAUAUGUGUUUGGUAGAAAUGAAAUGUCUUGAUCCCUGUUUAAA